UUUGAACGGCCCUUCGGUCAAACAAACACCCGUAAAAAUCAUCACAAAAUUUCAUUCCAAAACCCUUGUCGUCGUCACCAGGGUUUUGCACGCACAUCAGCAGCGAUGAUCGGAAGGAGGUUUAUUUCGUUUCUCAGGCGUAAUCCUUCUUCUUCUUCCAGCAGUUCGGUGAAAUCAGGGGUUGAGGAGGAAGCAAAGCCGAAAUCAUGGGGCCGGAGAGUUGUUUCCGGUGGGUUGAUUUGUGUGACUGGUGGUGUUGCCUUGAGUGCUCUUGAUGAUCUUGUCAUUUAUCAUGGUUGUAGCAGCAAAGCCAUGGAGAAAGCUAGCAAGAACCAGGCUGUAGUAGAGGCAAUCGGGGAGCCGAUAGCUAGAGGUCCUUGGUAUAAUGCGUCACUUGCAGUGACUCACAAAAGGCAUUCUGUCUCUUGCACUUUUCCUGUUUCUGGGCCCCACGGUACUGGAAUUUUUCAACUAAGGGCGGUUCGCAACGGAGAAGACAGUUGGCUAUCAUUUUUCCGGCCACGUGACUGGGAAAUCUUAAUCAUGGAAGCUCUCGUACAUGUUCCUGAAAAUGACGACAAGAAUAAAACAUUCAGAAUCCGCAUAUCAGAUGACGUGUCUUCACCAGCAUGCCAGCCGUGCAUCACAGGCUGCCCCGGAAGUCCAGAACCACAUCCUGCUCAUGAAAACAAACAUACUCAAGACUCGUAAGUCAUUGUUACGUUUCACACUUACGUUUAAAAAGAACCAAACAUUCAUUCAUGUGUUGUUCUCAAUAAAGAUUUUGCUUCUAAGAUAUAUACAUGUGGUAUAAUUGACCAUUUUAAUGUCCGUCGGUUGUAGUUAUACUCUUAUGUGAUAGCUUGAGCUCAUGUUAAAUUUAUGACUCGUGUCAAACGUAUUUUUGGCAUCAUGUAUUCGUAAUAAAGUUGGAAGACGGAUUAUUUGCGUAA